CAUAGUAAGGACAGAGCUCUAUGGUGAAACUUUGUAGUUGAAUCGGUGACAUGUUCCCAAAUAACAAGCAUGUUCUAAAGAUAGAGUUUCCUCAACUAUCAGGCAAUCUCUUCAAGCCUCGCUCAGUCUGAGAUGAAUCGAAUGAAGGAUGAGCACCCGAAGGAAAGAAAAGAAACAGGAUGGGACAGGGUGAAGGAAGCGUACACGUAUGACAAAGAUAAUAGAUACCUACCUCGUGAGCUGCAUGAGCUUGUACUGAUGGCAGUGCUGGGAAUGGCAGGAGGUUACGUCUAUGGUGGUGUCCCUGCAUCCAGACAUGCCCGAGAACGAUACAUAGAAAAGAGCAAUGCAGCAAUCUACAGCAGUAGACUUGAAGCAACGGGGGCUUCCUAUAAUGCUGGCACAAGAGGCCUCAUUCGCUACGGAUAUCGUUGGGGAUGGAGAACAGCAGUGUUAGCAACAGGCUUCCAUGGAAUCAGUACAUGCCUUGGUUUGUACAGGGACAAGCAAGACUUAACCAACUAUGUAUCAGCUGCAGCUAUUACAGGAUCCCUGUUCAGAUUCAACUUAGGACUGAGGGGGUUGGUUGGCGGAGCGUUUGUGGGAGUGCUUGUUGGACUUCCAGCUGGACUUGCUCUAAUGGGCGUCCAGAAAAUGCAAGGGGAGACAUUUUUAGAGAAAAACAAACGACUUCGCAGGGAGGCAGUAGAAGACAGACAGAAAGAAUUAUUACUGAGGAUGCAGGUAACACCACUACUGCUCAAAGAAAUGGGGGACAGUUUAAAUCAAGCUAAGAGUACAGAUACAACCUCCAGUUGAUGGAGCUUGCAUUUCGGUUGGUGGUCGGAGGAUGCUGUGUACUCAAGCACUUGACUAAGUUUGAAGAGCCACAUCUUCAACCUGUGGAACUUCUUAUGAACUCUUAAUGACCUGCCAGAAGACUGGUUUAUGGAGUCGUGUGUAAUGCUGAAGUUAGGAUUGUGUGCUGUGUGUUUUGCUACCAAUAGACCUAAUGCAUUGACGUCAUCCAGCUGCAAUCUUAGAGGCAAAGCAAUGUUGAAACAGUGGAUAUGUACAGAUUAGUACGCGCGGCACACAAGAUGGGCCAGUGGGCAAACCUUCUUUUGGCCUUUACGUGAGGGCGCCCUACUCAAAUGACGUCAAGUGCACAAUGGAUUUCCUCUUCCAUAUAAGGUGCUUGGUUCAUCUCUCUGAUGUAGGGCCUACGUGGGAGAGGACCUGGUCUAAAUCAUCAAUAGUAUUAAACUUUUUUUGUAAUAAAAGCAAGCGAUCUUAAAAAGUGCUUUUACCGAAGAUACGGUUUUAGAUGUGGGAGGAAACCCCACAUAAUCAGGUUGGGACUGAAAACCCAAUCCACAUGCGAGGCCUAGGUCCAAAGCGGGAUUCGAACCUGGGUCUACAGCUCAGGUGAAAGGCUGGAAGAAACCACUUAAGCCAAGCUGACGGCAUUUAAUUAAAAAAAUAUCCCAGAGAAACAAGCUUCUCCUAAACUUGGGCUCAAGAUACACACUGGACCGAGUCCAGUAACUUAAGCACAAGUGCAUUAAUCCCGCAACUGAACAGAUUGAAGACUAUUGAAUAUUUCUGCACAAUUUAAAUACUUGACAGUCGCCAACAAAUGUUCUACAUAAUUUCUGUAAUUUGUAAUUUAAAAAAAAAAUAAUUACAUGUACAUUUUUAAAAACACAUUUGAGUGAAAA